CAAGGCGUAAAGCUCGCAUUUACGACAUUCAUCUGAUUACGCCGCCCGCAUUGUUCUGUGCCGUAUUGCCUUGUUAACCCAGGGCGAUUCGCCAGAGAUGCGAUACUUGCAUUGUGUCAAAUGACAGCUCUGUUUAAGGCAAGCAUAUGCUCACUGACUUUGCAUCGAUCGCAUCCCAUUUCGGUUUGCCGCGGUUGUGAUUUCAAAUUAAAAGACGAUUUAUUGCAUAUUAUCUGAGAUAUUCAGUCAGUUGAUCCCAUCGUUAGUACAUUCGGACGAUUUACUUUCUCAGAUGAGCUUAUCAACUGAAUGGGCCAGCGACAUGCGAUUUAUCUCGAACAUCUCGCUCCUCCUUCUUUUCGCACUUAGCAGUAUCCUCCUGGCAGAUGUUACCUUAGCAACGGUAACUCUGCCUCCGUUUUUGAGUUACAGUGGAACACUGGCACCCGGGCAGGAUGAACAUGGUGGAAUACCCAUGGGAGUCUCAAACGCCAAGUGUGACGAUGGAAAGACCAAUUUGACCAUUGACUGGGACGGUUCCCAUGAUGCAUUUGCGUGUACCACAGAAAGAUGGAAUUCAAACAAGGCGAGCAAAAUAACAUCAAGCAUUGACGAGCAUUGUUCAACAAAAACCGACAACCCUAUCCACGUCUGCAUGCACCGAGCCAUCGUAUAUCAUGACGUCAUCCCAACUAGUGGAGCACAUCGCCCUCUUUGGGCCAAGUAUGGAGAGUAUAGGUAUCUUCCCAAACAAAGAUGGUUACAUAAUCUUGAGCAUGGAGCGGCUGUCUUUCUUUACCAUCCAUGUGCCGAUAUGAGUGAAGUGACGAGAUUUAGAAGAAUCGCACGAGGUUGCCUUCGAAAACACAUCAUUACUCCUUAUAAAGAACUCACUAAGGAACGGCCUUUUGCAGUCCUGACAUACGGAUGCAAACUGGAACUACCUUACAUUGUUUCCAAUCGCAUACGAGAUUUCUUGAGAGAGCACGCGGGCAAGGCCCCCGAGAGGAGGGUCGCCGAGGAUGGGCAGUUCAGCGUGCAACAGAUCCACAGAGCCAAGACGAUCUCGAAUGCUAACGAUUGCAUGAUCUGUCCUGCGGAACCAUUCGAGGGUUGCCCUGGACACCACACCCAUGCUGGCCGAGCGAGACAGGCGAUCAACAAGGCGCACCAUCGAUCCAAGAAUGAUAAGCCACGCAAGAGACAAGGCAAAAUUCACGACUAGCCUGGAUGCGAUUCCGUUACCAUAGCGACGAGGGAAUACAAUCUGUGGGGGAGGGCUGAAAAGUCUCGAUCAAACAACCAUAUCUGAAUUGAUUUUUUUCUUUCUCAUUAUCUUGCUUGUUAUUUUUGUUUGGGGGGAAUAAUGCAUCGAUCAUCAGUAGACAUCAAUGAACGAACAAAACCGAUACAAGAAUUUUGAACCAUGCGAGAGAGAGUGAAAAAUCAAAUACUUGACUAGGAUGCUAUCCACUGAGUUGCUAUGGUGACGGAGAAUAGAUUCUUGGGAGUUUAAUUUCUCGGUUAAACAUUACUUUGAGAAGUUUAUCUGUUCAUUAUUUACGAUUUGGGACAAGGAAAUUAUAAGGUAUAAUAAGAUCAGUGCACAUCUUCGACCUAGAAAUGACGAGUCGCGCAAAAGACGGG